CCAAAAUCUUAACUGUCAAAUCUAUCAACAAAGCUUUUCUUCGUUUGUUAUUUUGAAGCCGUUUUGUUGCUAAAUUGUAUAAUAUUUUAGAUAUUUCAUACGCUAAAAUGGAGGAAGGCGAUUUCGAUCAACGUUUGAGAGAUUUACAGCGAGAAUAUUUAGAGUUUUUAGAUGAUGAGGAAGAUCAAGGAAUCUAUAUGGAAAAAGUUAAACAAAUGAUAGGCGACAAAUCACAACGUCUUGUUGUUAAUGUGAAUGACCUUAGGAGAAAAAAUCCAGACCGUGCCAAGAACUUGUUGGAGAGUGCCUUUGAGGAGCAGAUAGCUUUUCAGAAGGCUUUGAAGGAGUAUGUGUCGUCCAUUGAUCCUACAUAUGCUAAAGAGAAAGAGGAAUUUUUCGUUGCAUUUUGUGGAAGCUUUGGUAAUAAGCAUGUUACUCCUAGAAGUUUGACAUCUCGGUAUUUAGGUAAUCUAAUAUGUGUUGAAGGCAUAGUAACACGGGUGUCACUGGUGAGGCCCAAGGUGGUUCGCAGUGUGCACUACUGCCCUGCCACCAAGAAGGUUAUGGAGCGGAAAUACACAGACUUAACAUCUUUUGAAGCCUUCCCCACUUCUGCUGUUUACCCUACUAAGGAUGACGAAGGCAAUGCACUGGAAACUGAAUAUGGGCUAUCCCGCUACAAGGACCACCAAACCAUAACAGUUCAGGAGAUGCCAGAGCGUGCACCUGCCGGGCAGUUGCCUCGUAGUGUAGACGUAAUUUGUGACGAUGAUUUGGUAGAUCGGUGCAAACCUGGAGACAGGGUGCAGGUGGUGGGAAAUUAUAGAUGUCUCCCUUCGAAACAGGGCAGCUUCACAGCUGGGACAUUCAGGACAAUAUUAAUUGCAAACAACAUAACACAAAUCAACAAGGACAUGAACCUCAAUGUCACUCUGGAAGACAUCAAACUCUGCAAGCGGCUGGCCAAGCGAACAACAGUGGACAUGUUUGAGUUGUUGAGCAAGUCCCUCGCGCCAUCUAUACACGGACAUGAUUAUAUCAAGAAGGCUAUAUUGUGCUUGCUGCUGGGCGGCAUGGAGAAGAUCCUGCCAAAUGGAACUAGGCUCAGAGGAGAUAUAAACGUGCUGCUGAUCGGCGACCCAUCCGUGGCGAAGUCCCAGUUGCUGCGCUACGUGUUGAUGACAGCGCCGCGCGCCAUCACCACCACCGGCCGGGGCUCGUCCGGCGUGGGCUUGACUGCGGCCGUCACUACGGACCCCGACACUGGCGACAGGAGGCUAGAAGCGGGCGCCAUGGUGCUCGCAGACCGCGGCGUGGUGUGCAUCGACGAGUUCGACAAGAUGUCCGACAUCGACCGCACCGCCAUACACGAGGUGAUGGAGCAAGGCCGCGUGACCAUCGCCAAGGCGGGCGUGCACGCCACUCUCAACGCCCGCUGCUCAGUGCUGGCCGCCGCCAACCCUGUCUAUGGCAGGUACGACCAAUACAAAACGCCAAUGGAGAACAUAGGGCUGCAGGACUCCCUGCUCUCCCGUUUCGACCUGUUGUUCGUGAUGCUGGACAUCGCGGACGCGGACCACGACAACAUGAUCUCCGAACAUGUCCUGCGCAUGCACAGAUAUAGGAACCCCAAAGAGCAAGAUGGCGAAGUGUUGCCCAUGGGAUCAUCAGUUGAGAUGCUUUCGACCGAGAAUCUUGACAACGAAGAAGUUGAAGAGACAAACGAGUCAAUAUACGAGAAAUACGACCCGCUGCUCCACGGCAACACGCGCAGCAAACACGAGCAGAUCCUGAGCAGCAAGUUCAUGCGCAAGUACAUCCACAUCGCGCGGCUCAUGAAGCCCAAGCUGACGCAGCAGGCCUCCGACGCCAUCGCCGACGAGUACGCGAGGCUGAGGAACCAGGACAUGAUGGACAGCGACGUCGCCAGGACGCAGCCGGUGACGGCGCGCACGCUGGAGACGCUGAUCCGGCUGGCGGCGGCGCACGCCAAGAGCCGGCUCAGCUUCCAGGUCUCGCGGGCCGACGCCGCGGCCGCCAUCGACCUGGUGCACUACGCCUAUUUCAAAAAGGUGCUGACGAAAGAGAAGCGUCGCAAGCGGCGAGCGUCUUCGGAUGGAGAAGAGGCUGAAGAUGCGGAACACGAGUCCGCGCCCGCGCCCCGCGCCAAGAGGUCGCGACGAACGGACGCGGAGGACCCGUACCAGUUCUCAUCAGACGAGGAGGCCGAGCCCGUGCUGCGCGAGGCGCUCUCGGGGACUCCGGACUCCACUAGGGUUUCACAGAAGACAAUAGACAACAACAGGCUAACCCAAUUCAAGUCGGCCCUCCAGCAGCUGUUCCGCGAGGAGCGGGCGAACUCUCUCCCGCUGUCGCGCAUCACUCAGUACGUCAACGAGAAGCACUCGCACGAGUUGUUCGCGGCUGCGGAGAUCCACACUGCGCUCGAAAGGAUGACCGUAGACAACCAGGUCAUGAUGGCUGAUGACAUCGUAUUUUUGAUUUAAAUGCCUUUAAAAAAAUCCGCUUUAAAAUAAGUACAAUGUUGUCUAUUGUUAUGUCCACCGUUAUACCAUUCGUUACGUUGUAAGUUGUAAAAUGUUUUACAAUAAAUCUGAAUGUAUCUCAAGUUGUAAUCACGUUUAGUUUAAGCAGUGAAUAUUUUUGUAAUUACUGAUUAAAAAAAUAUUUUUAUAAGGUA